GUGAACACCUUCUCCCACACCCACCCGGUCCAAAGGUGCCAUGCAAUUGCGGGUUCUCUUUUUCUCCUUUUUUUCUUAUGAUUCCCUCCCUCGAAUCAUACCCCAUCUCUCAUUACUUGCAUCCUUCCUCUCUCUCCAGUCAAUCCCAUCACCAUGGCACUCUCCUCAGCAGCCAGGGCCAGGAUGACUUUCCCCAGGGGUCCUGUCUUGACCCUGGCAGGACGCCUGCGUCCCCUUCCUGCGACACCUCCCUUGACCUACACGCGACCCCUCGCACAAAGAAGCUUUGUCACCACCUCACCAGAAACCCUGUCCGAGGAUCAGCGGCAGCCAGUCAAGCAGCGCGAUGAUUCUGUAGAGGGACUCCUUGCGGGUCUUCUCGAGGACGACCGAUAUGCAUUGGCAAGGGCCAUUACACUCGUUGAGUCCUCAAAUCCAAAGCACCGUGUUCAGGCACAAAAACUACUGUCCAAGAUUCUUGAACGGGAGUCUAAUCUAGCCUCUCAGCAAAGCACCUCCCUUGCCAAUGUGACUCCUUCGUUCGAUAAACCCAUUGAGGGUUCGACCGCGACAAUGUUGACAACAGGGUCCCAAGACGGACCGCGGCCGACAUCCGGUUCAGGAGCCCAGAUGGUGUCGGAGCAGCAACAGGAACAGCCAAUUAGGCUGGGUAAAAGUUUUAGGAUUGGACUGUCUGGUCCUCCUGGAGUGGGGAAGUCCACAUUCAUCGAGGCCUUUGGAAUGUAUCUCUUGUCAAAGGGACAUCGUGUUUCGGUCCUGGCUGUAGAUCCAUCUUCAGCAAGGACUGGAGGAUCGAUUUUGGGAGACAAGACUAGGAUGACAGAGCUUUCACGCGAUACCAAGGCAUAUGUACGACCUUCUCCAAGUCGUGGAACGCUAGGUGUGGCAAGAAACACAACGGAGGCCAUCACCUUGUGUGAAGCCGCUGGAUAUGAUAUCUGUCUUGUGGAGACUGUCGGAGUUGGUCAGUCCGAGACGAUGGUUGCCGAUAUUGUGGACAUGUUUGUUCUCCUUGUACCUCCAGCAGGCGGAGAUGAACUUCAGGGUAUGAAAAAGGGUAUUAUGGAACUCUCGGAUCUGGUUAUUGUCAACAAAUCAGACGGAGCGCUCGUGGACUCAGCACGCAACGCACAGAUCGAAUACACCAGCGCACUCAAAUUUGUCAAGGCCAUCUCAGCUCAUUGGAAGCCCAAGGUGAUCCGGGUGUCGUCAAUGGGUGGACCGGAAGGCGGUAUUGAGCAGGCCUGGAAUACCAUGAAGGAGUAUUUUGAUAUCAUGGAGUCGACGGGGGAGCUGCAAAAGAAGCGAGGCAAUCAGCGCAAGAUUUGGAUGUGGCGACAGGUCUCGUCAGAGUUGCUGGAUCUACUGAACGAUGAUGCUCAUGUCCGGGAGAUGGCGGACGAGCUUGAGGCCAAGGUUCUUCGGAAUGAAGUCAUGUCUGGGGCUGCAGCGCAUCAGAUCGUAGAACGAUUCAUGAAGGGUUCUGAUGCCACUUCUGGUACUCCCUCGGGCGAUGGUGAUGGAGGACCUGGAGGCGAUGACAAUAGGAGAUUACUAAGGAACAGUAGAGGAGACUUUGCUAUAGUCAUCGGCGAUGAAGGACGCGGUCGCUGA